UCUACAGUAUUGGAGCGCUUUCCGAAAUCAAUGACUUUUUCCAAAACCAUAGGUUCAAAUAUUUGCCUGAUCCAGGAACGUCAGACUACACUUGUUCUCUCUCCAUUUCCUUUCUACGGCCAUGUCUUUGGCAUCCUUUCCUGUUGGAGUCAAGGUUGCUCGUCACUUCCAAUGUAUGCAUGGAUUUUUCUUUCCCUUGGGCUGGAUCCUUUGUUUUUUUUUCCCCCUUCAUUCUUUUCCCCCUAUGGAGCACUGGAAGGAGAAGAGCUCUAUUUUACAGGUCAGCAGGCACCUGACUUUGUCACUUUCUAUCUGCUCGUUGAGGUCAUUUUGUGUUUGGGUAUGAAGUAGCCGCGUCUUCCUAUUUCCCUUCUCUUUCUUUUUCUCUUCCGUGGCUAUGUUCCCCUAGGU